CAUCGUGACGGGCGGGACCGACGGCAUCGGGCUGGCCACAGCGCGGCGGCUGGCCCGGCUGGGCAUGCGCGUGGUCAUAGCCGGGAACAACACGGCGAAGGCGAACGACGUCGUCUCCCGGAUCCGCGAGGAGACGAAGAACGAGAAGGUGCAUUUCCUGUUCUGCGACCUGGCCUCCCUCCGCUCCGUCCGGAAGUUUGCCCGCGACUUCCUGUCGCGGGGUUUCCCGCUGCACGUGCUGGUCAACAACGCCGGCGUCAUGAUGGUUCCCCCCGGCCGCACCGAGGACGGCUUCGAGCGCCACUUCGGCGUCAACUUCCUGGGCCACUUCCUGCUGACGCACCUGCUGCUGGACGCGCUGACGUCGGCGGGGUCGCCGGGUCAGAGGUCCAGGGUGGUCACCGUGGCGUCGGCCACGCACUACGUGGGGGAGCUGGACCCGGCGGACCCACAGGACCGGAAGUCGCCCUACUCAGCGCACGCGGCCUACGCGCGGAGCAAGCUGGCGCUAGUCCUGUUCUCACAGCGGCUUCAGCGGCUGCUAGCGGCACGCGGCCACCCCGUGACCGCCAACCUGGUCGACCCGGGCGUCGUGGACACGGAGCUCUUCCGCCACGUGUGGUGCGGCACGCGGGCCGUGCAGCGGGCGCUCGGCUGGCUGCUCUUCAAGACCCCCGACGAGGGCGCCUGGACCUCUGUCUACGCCGCCGCCGCCCCGGAGCUGGAAGGGGUUGGCGGCCGCUACCUCUACAAUGAGGCUGAGACUGAACCACUGGGCCUCGCUCGGGACGUGGAGCUGCAGGCGCGGCUGUGGGCGGAGAGCUGCCGACUGGCGGGGAUCCCUGACGGGAUGGGUGUAGGCGUGGAGUAGGCCCGCGCCCGCCAUGGCACCACGUACUCUGCACCAAGCACCUACUUGGACCUGAUGCUGUGAUGAUGUGGGCGUAUGACAUCAUCGCCCGCUACCGCCUCUACCCCCAAGCUCCCAUGGGGCCCCCAGCCAGGCAGUGGAGCACCAUAAAGGACUCUGCACCAAGAAAAAAUAAUAAUAAAAAUUCAGCUGCCAAUUGAUUUCUUUCACAGACAUGCAAUAAAUCUCUUACUCAACCCUU